CCCAGGCUGGCGCCGAUCGCUACUCGGAUUACCUGGCACAACAUUACCGUUUUUCUGACUCUGCAUGAUGUGCUCAUGGGAAUGUAAUCAGGUGGUUUCCCCUGGCCUUCCUGAUUCUAUGCCGUUGGUCCGUUGAGGACUCAUCCGCCUUCUAGGACAAAAGAGUGCCCUUGUGCCCCUUCCACCCGAUGCACCGUUUCGAAGGUCUCCUUCUGCGCUGCAACGACUGUUGAGGACUUCACCCCAAAGAUUAGGGAGAGAAAGAUAGGAAACGAAGCGACCCAGACGACGCCAGCGACAUCGUGUGUGUUAGUUGUGAACAAAAUUGGUUAAAAUAUUAUUACGGAGGCUAUUUAUAAUUUAUAUAAGAUUAGAUUGAUCUAAUCUAACCUAAUCUUUUCUUUUGAGUUAAAUCAAAGAUUAGGGUUAAAUCUUUGUUUGUAAACGUGCUGUGCAAAGAUUAGUGUUGUGGUUAUUAAGCACACGUGUUAUUGAACCUGUUUAUCAAAGAUUAAUAUUAGUUUGCUGUUUUUGUCAAGUUGAGUCGUGGUUCAUAUUGUUUGGUAUUAACCUGCCCGAACAAUAAAAAUAAAAACCCAAAGCUCGCGUUUUUUACAUUACCGAAGGACAUGAAAAUUGCCAAAAGUUGGAUCGAAUUCUCUGGACGCAAAGAUCUUGACCUGGGUGCUUCGAAAGACUAUAGAAUGUGUAGUGAGCAUUUUACAGAAAACCAGUUCAAAUGUAUAUAUCCACGGACAUUGCUUUGGCAUGGAAGUAUUCCUCAUGUAAAUGGACCUAAAACAGAUGUUUUUCCUGAAUCGGAGUCUAAGAUGAUCAUCCAUGAAGAAACUGUUCAAACGGAUCAAAACGUACCUCUAUCUAAUAUUGAAAGAUUCUGCGUUUGCUGUGAACAAAUAUUAUCAUUUGAUAAUUUUUGAAAAGGGGACACAUGAAUGCAAAUCAUAUUUGUAAGUCUAGUUACUUGAAGUUGUUGAAUGAAAUUAUCAAUUCAAAUUAGUGAUAAAUGCAAUAAGAUGAAAUUGUUUUUCUUUUUUCUAGAUGUUACAAUGGAAUAAGAAGGUUUUAUAGAAGCAAGUAGCAG